GGCUUGGACCGACAGCAGCUGCUCUUUCUUUCCUUCUCUUUCCUUUCGUGGGUUUUGGGACACAUCAAACAUUUAGCUGUGUCGGAGACGAACGCUUACUGGGUCGGACACAUCUGCCUUUUCUGCAUUGGACUCAUAUUUGCUCGCCAAUUUACCUCCUUUCUGGACUCUGUUUUGCACUCGCGCCACGCUUAACCUGCGGUCCUACGCUCCUCGCCCUGCUUAUCAUGCUCCCACUCUAAACAGAGUUCAUAGUCCGCCAAGCAAUUCUGUUGUUUCAUAAUCUCUCGCUGGCUUCUCUGCUUUGAAUGAAAGCGAGAAUUUUGAUAUUUCCAGAUGGCGUGGACUGAGAAAAAUAAUGGAAAUGGGAGAGAGCAGGGAUCUAUUGGAGAUAAUGGUUUCUUGAAAGGGUCACAGCCUUCUCCUAGUGCAAGUGGCUCUCCUGUUGGUAUAACUGCACCAUUGAAGGUUUUUGAAGGGAAGGAUGAUCUCUCCUAUGCCAACAUUCUUCGUUCCAGAAACAAAUUUGUUGAUGCUCUUGCUAUUUAUGAGUGUGUCUUGGAGAAAGAUAGUGGAAACGUUGAAGCUCACAUUGGAAAGGGCAUAUGCCUGCAGAUGCAGAACAUGGGAAGGCUUGCUUUUGAUAGUUUUGCUGAGGCAGUCAGGAUGGACCCACAGAACGCAUGUGCCCUCACGCAUUGUGGUAUGUUGUUCAAAGAUGAGGGUCGGCUGGUAGAGGCUGCUGAGUCAUAUCAGAAGGCUCUGAGAGCAGAUCCUUCAUACAAACCAGCUGCAGAAUGCUUAGCCAUUGUCUUAACAGAUCUUGGUACAAGCUUAAAGCUAUCUGGCAAUACACAGGAGGGAAUACAGAAGUAUUAUGAAGCUCUUAGAAUAGAUCCACAUUAUGCGCCUGCAUAUUAUAACCUUGGUGUUGUGUAUUCUGAAAUGAUGCAAUAUGACACUGCCCUUAAUUGCUAUGAGAAGGCUGCAUUGGAGAGGCCCAUGUAUGCUGAAGCUUAUUGCAAUAUGGGUGUAAUCUACAAAAACCGAGGUGAUUUGGAGUCAGCUAUUGCCUGUUAUGAGAGGUGUCUAGCUGUGUCACCAAACUUUGAGAUUGCAAAGAAUAAUAUGGCAAUUGCUUUGACAGAUUUAGGAACAAAGGUUAAAUUGGAGGGAGACAUCAAUCAAGGUAUUGCAUAUUACAAGAAGGCUUUGUAUUACAAUUGGCACUAUGCUGAUGCCAUGUAUAAUCUUGGUGUUGCAUAUGGUGAAAUGCUGAAGUUUGAUAUGGCAAUUGUGUUUUAUGAGCUUGCUUUCCACUUCAAUCCUCACUGUGCCGAGGCUUGCAACAAUUUAGGAGUAAUAUACAAAGACCGAGACAACCUUGAUAAAGCUGUGGAGUGUUAUCAGAUGGCUUUAUCAAUCAAGCCAAACUUCUCUCAGUCGUUGAACAACCUUGGUGUAGUCUACACAGUCCAGGGUAAAAUGGAUGCUGCUGCAAGCAUGAUUGAGAAGGCCAUCAUGGCGAAUCCCACUUAUGCUGAAGCAUAUAAUAACCUAGGGGUCCUUUACAGAGAUGCAGGAAAUAUAGCUAUGGCCAUUAAUGCUUAUGAGCAAUGCCUUAAGAUAGAUCCUGAUUCUCGCAAUGCAGGCCAGAAUCGGUUGCUUGCAAUGAACUACAUAGAUGAAGGACAUGAUGAUAAGCUUUUUGAGGCUCACAGGGAGUGGGGUAGGCGCUUUAUGAGGUUAUAUUCACAGUACACUUCAUGGGACAAUCCAAAGGAUCCAGAAAGGCCACUUGUGAUUGGAUAUGUAUCUCCAGACUAUUUUACCCAUUCUGUGUCUUAUUUCAUUGAGGCCCCCCUGGUAUAUCAUGACUAUGCAAAUUACAAGGUGGUGGUUUAUUCAGCAGUUGUGAAGGCUGAUGCAAAGACUAAUAGGUUUAAGGAGAAAGUCUUGAAAAAGGGUGGUUUAUGGAAGGAUAUAUAUGGAAUUGAUGAAAAAAAAGUGGCAAGCAUGGUUAGAGAAGAUAAAGUUGACAUAUUGGUAGAACUUACUGGACAUACAGCUAACAAUAAAUUGGGAAUGAUGGCAUGCCGACCAGCACCUGUCCAGGUAACUUGGAUUGGCUACCCAAACACAACUGGUUUGCCUACCAUUGAUUAUAGAAUCACUGAUUCACAGGCAGACCCUCCAGAUACAAAGCAAAAGCAUGUGGAGGAGUUGGUUCGUCUACCCGAAUGCUUCCUUUGUUAUACACCAUCCCCAGAAGCUGGGCCUGUUUGUUCAGCUCCUGCACUUGCUAAUGGCUUCAUUACAUUUGGUAGCUUUAAUAAUCUGGCAAAGAUAACUCCGAAGGUACUACAAGUUUGGGCUAGGAUACUCUCUGCAGUACCAAACUCUCGCCUUGUGGUUAAAUGCAAGCCAUUUUGUUGUGAUAGUGUUAGACAGAGAUUCCUUUCAACAUUGGAGGAGCUGGGAUUAGAAUCAUUGCGAAUUGAUCUUUUACCUCUAAUUCUUCUUAACCAUGAUCAUAUGCAAGCAUAUUCUCUCAUGGACAUUAGUUUGGAUACAUUUCCAUAUGCUGGAACAACGACAACAUGUGAAUCUCUAUACAUGGGAGUUCCAUGUGUAACUAUGGGUGGUGCAGUACAUGCUCAUAAUGUUGGUGUGAGUCUCCUCAGCAAAGUUGGGCUGGGACAUCUGGUUGCCAAAGAUGAGGAUGAAUAUGUCCGGUUGGCUUUGCAGCUUGCUUUGGAUAUACCAGCUCUUGCAAACUUGAGAACGAGUCUUAGGGAUCUUAUGUUAAAGUCUCCUGUCUGUGAUGGACCCAACUUCGCACUUGGUCUAGAGUCCACAUACCGGAACAUGUGGCGUAGAUAUUGUAAGGGUGAUGUGCCAUCUUUAAAGCGCAUGGAACUCCUUCAAGAGGGGAUUUCUGAAACAUCACCUAUCAAAAACUCUGAGCCAACAAGUAUCCCAUUCUCAGUAGAGGGCCCUCCUGAAUCUGUCAAGGCAAAUGGAUUUAUUGCAGUCCCAUCAUCUACUGUGAAUCACUCUUGUGAGGAAAAUGGGAGUUGCAGUCGGUUGAAUCAUACUUCAGACAAGCUGAGCUGAACUAAAUUGUCUUGGUGGAUUAUAUAAGGUGUGUGUGUGGAGACAUGCUUGGAAUGUAAUACUGACAUGGUAGACAGAGCCUCCGGUCUGUAUAAUAUUGUGGCUGUAUCUUGAAGAGAAGUGUCGACGCCGUGGCAACCCUAUAUUUCAUAUGAUCGGAUCAUUUUUUGUGGGGAGGGUGCUGGCAAUUGUCGGUAUCUGGAUUUUUUCCCCUUUCAUGCCAAAGCAGUGAAAUUAGGAAGGGAAUCUGUAGGCUGUUACGAGUAGGACCGGACCUGUAACAUUUUUUCUCUCCAUGGUAUCAUAGAGUUAGUGAUGGCUUGUAAAUUGUAAGGUGAGUUUCUCUUUUUUCAGAUUUUAAAAUGGCUGGGUUAGAUCAGCAGAGGGGCAGAUUCAGGUUAUGAUUCAGUAUAUAUAUGAAAUAUUAAUCACAGGAUUCACUGAUACAAGUUCUAUUAUUGUCAACUGUAGGUUUUAGAUUUGCAGCUUUGGAGUUCAAUGAAAAAUACUAUUUUUUUCA